GUUUGGUGAGAGUUAGUGCGGGUCUAUUCGGAGAUAACAGUGUGUUCAAAGCCUAUUACUACUCAGUAUAAUAAAUAGUUGAAAUAAAUUUAAUAUCUGAAAAAAUAAUUGUUUAUUAACUAAUUUAUCGUAAAAAUUAAAGGUUAACGAGAACUUGAUAUGGUUCAAACCGGUUUCGUGUGAAAAAAAUAAAAAUAAAAUUCGUAAAGGGAAAUAACUGGCUCAGCGGAUUCAUCGGACUUGAAAAAAUUAAUGAAAUAUUAUUUAACCUCGUGAGUUAAAUUUCGAGUAAAAAAGUGAAUAAGCUUAAAAAUUAAGGAGCAAGGUGCAUCAAACAAGCUUCUAAAAAUGUGUUAAAGAUUUGAACCCAGGAAUGUACGCUGGAUAGUGAAAUUUGCACUGAGAGAAUACAAGUAGGACCUACAGUUCACACACACGUUGCCUGAGUGGACGGCCAGUAGUACAACCAUUUGUGGUACCAGUGGACGGGCAGUGGUGCAACCAUUUGUUGUAGGAGUGAACGGCCAACGGUACACCCUUCGUGGUCUGAGUGACCGGCCAGCAAUAGAACCACUCGUUAUAUCAAUGGACGGCCUGAAGUAAAACCUGAAUUUAUUGGACGAUACUAAGGUCAAUUACGUCACACAUAAUGAGAUAAGGAGUAAAGAAGUCCAACAAGAAGCGGAUGUUAGCUCAAGGUUAACAUUGGACGAUUCAAUCAACAAAUCUUAUUCUAUUGAAUACCGGCCAUCUUUAUUACGUCACACACAAGGGUGAACCUCUCAGCACUAAGCGACCUUGAACUUUCAAUUUGGACAUCUGUCAAACUAUUUUAGGACAGGCUCUCAUCAGCCUUCAUGUCACUUCCGCUCCAGUUCUGGUCUUCAUGAAACAACGCACGUGAAAUUUUGCAAAAAUCUGCACGCGCCGAUCUGAGCCUCGUGUUUUGUAAAAUUAUUUUUCUCCCAGACUUUUGAUGCCUGCUACAGUUGCAUAGAUGAUCUGUGAGUCCCCACCCAAACGAAUGGACGUUAAAGGAAUAAUUUUGCGUCGCUACAAAAAGGGUAUAGGUAGAAGCAGCUUGCUGGAACACAUGGCCCAUCUCCUUUUCUGGUCUCAAUGCCUGCGACUCUACAGAAGAAAACGUUUCUAUUAGGCGAACGUACAAGAAGACCAUUCAACUUUACAGGAACAGUUGUAAUAUUUCUCUUAAACUGAAUUAAUUUUAUAAAAUUUUGUGACAAUCUACAUUUUUAAAACAAAAAUGGCGUCGAAUAGUUUAGCAGACGCCCACAUUAUUAACCCCUACCCGACUGACAAUAUUAGCAAUGUUUUUAACGUCAUGGGCAAUCACUCCACCCUCCCCCCGCCUCUCAACGGGUCGGAGAGUCGCGAGUUCGAGAGGAUUGUCCGCGUCAUUAUCCCCACCAUCUUCGGCUUCAUCUGCGUGCUGGGGCUCUUCGGCAACUCGCUGGUGAUUCUGGUCGUGUUGGCCGACAAACACAUGAGGAACACGACCAACAUCCUCAUCCUAUCCCUAGCCGUCGCUGAUCUGCUUUUCAUACUCUUCUGUGUACCCUUCACUGCCACGGGUUACGCCUUGCCGGUUUGGCCAUUCGGCGACAUCGGCUGCAAGGUUGCUCAGUACGCUAUGUACGUCUGCGCCUACGCCAGCGUGUAUACCUUAGUCGUCAUGUCAUUAGAUCGAUAUCUAGCCGUCGUUCACGCGAUACGUUCGAUGACGCUUCGAUCAGAAAGAAACACCUGGUUCGCUAUCGCCAUCAUCUGGAUCAUCAUCCUAUGCGGGAACAUCCCCAUCUUGAUACAGUUCGGGGAGAAACGCUACGAGUUCGGGAACGAGAACAGGUCAGCGUGUAUAAACAUCGCCGACCAGGAGAACGAACGAGUCGGGAAGGCUUUCUUUGGAUCCUUCUUCUUCUUCGGGUACGUCAUCCCUCUAGGCAUCACCAUGCUCAUGUACGGGCUGAUGCUGAAGCGUCUGCUGUACGGCGUCGUCCCCGGCGGCGCCAACCAAUCCGCAGAAAGCAUCAGAGCCAAGAAACGCGUCACGCGAAUGGUGGUGAUUGUCGUGGUCAUCUUUGCUAUAUGCUGGCUCCCCAUCCAGGUGAUUCUCUUCACGCAGAAGUUCCAGGAGGAGCAGGAAAGGUCGGCGGCCUACAUCAGCAUUCAGAUGGCGGCAAACUGCUUGGCUUACAUGAACAGCUGCGUCAACCCGAUCCUCUACGCGUUUUUGUCGGAAAACUUUCGCCGAAGUUUCCGGAGGUUCUUAUGCUGCACGGAAAGCUCGAGGCGAAUGGAGUACGAGCGGACGAACAUCCGGUUCACGGUGACCGAGAAAGAGACGACCAGCACGAAGACGACGUGCGUCAACAACUCAAAGACCUACACACCCGUGUAGCCGGGAGCCGUCAAACCUCGAGGCUAGACUAGCCGGAAACUACUCAGACACCAGAUGCUAGCCAGAAAUCAUAGGCUAGUCAGACACCAAAUACUAGCCAGACACCAGCUAGAGGCCAGCCAGACAAAAACACCUGUCACCAAGUCUGUGACGACCACUCAGAUGUGGACCAACAACACACCAAUCCAACUGCGCACGUCAAAACAACUCACCCUAUAAACACAGGCUGCAA